AUGGACAGAGCGUGCGCUGCUGCAGUGUGCACGGCUUUUUCCGUGGCUUAUUCCGGGUACUUCUUCACCCACCUGGCACGUCACAUCGCCCGUGCCUGGAGAGAAUCCGCUCCUUGGAGCACAAAACCAACCUCUGAACCUCCUCUGGCUGAGUGUGCUCCUGAAGAAGAGGCCGAAGGGAAGGAAGAUGCCCACCAAGCUGCAGAUGCUGCCACUGCAGGGCCUGAGCACCCAGCAUCAAGCACAGGGGCAGCGCCAGCACCUGCUCUGGCUGCCUCAGCAGCCGAGGAAGAGGCUGAAGAGGACGAAGGUGCCAGUGAAGCUGCCACUGCUGUCAGCCCACGGCCUGAGCUGCCAGCAUCAAGCUCCAGCGCCUCUGUCGUGGCACCUGCACGAGCUGCAGCUGCAGGCUCUGAAGAAGCCGCCAGUCCCCAAGCUGGGAGCUCCAGCACGAGCAGCUCGUGCACCUGGAGCACAAGCAGUUCCUCUGGCGGCACAGAGCAGCUGCGAGAGAGGACAGAGGACGAGUGGCUGGCCAUGCUGAGGAUGCUGGCAAACAAAGGAGAUCCAGAGGCUAAAUAUACAGACCUGGAAAUCAUUGGCAAAGGGGGUUUCGGCACUGUGUGCACGGCAGUGGAGACUGCCAGGAGAAGAGGUAAGCGUCAAGCAGUGCUGCAGCUCCUGCAGCUCUCCAGUGCCCUCCCCCUUGCUGUGGCAAUAAAGAAAAUUAGUCUCCUGCAAGAGAGAAUCAACGAGCUAUGCGUGAAGGAAAUCCAGGUCAUGCGGGACAAUAAGAACAGCAACCUUGUGAGCUAUAUAGACAGCUUCCUGGUGCACGAGGAACUCUGGCUCGUGAUGGAAUACAUGGACGGAGGUUCCUUACACGAUGUCAUCAGGGAGACCAGGAUGGCAGAAGGAGAGAUUGCAGUCGUCUCUCGGGAGUGCCUGCAAGGCCUGGAUUUCCUUCACUCCCAUCAAGUCAUCCACCGAGACAUCAAAAGCCACAACAUUCUCCUGCGCUUGGACGGAUCUGUCAAGCUGGCUGAUUUUGGACUCGCUGCUCAGCUCACGGCUGAGCAGAGCAAACGGAGAUCAGCUGUCGGCACUACUUACUGGAUGGCACCAGAGAUUUUCACCAGGAAGCCCUAUGGCCCCAAAGUGGACAUCUGGUCCUUUGGCAUCGUGGGCAUCGAGAUGGUGGAAGGAGCGCCUCCUUACCUGAUGAAAACCUCCCGCACGGUUGGACAGCUGAUCAGCACCGGGGGCACCCCGAAGCUGCAGAACCCCAGGCAGCAGUCCCCUUGGCUGCGAGACUUUCUGCGCUGCUGCCUGCAGACAGACGAGGACAGGCGCUGGUGUGCCCAGGAACUUCUGCAGCAUCCGUUUGUAACCUCAGCCAAGCCGACCUCCAGCCUGACGCCUCUGAUCGUGGCAGCACAGCAGUUCAUGGCCGACAGGAGAUACUAGCCCUGGAAGAGGCCAUUGUUGU